AUGGCAUCCAUAACGAAACCGUCGCUGCUUCCGCAGUGCACAUCGUGCAUACGAAGGGUGACGCGGCGGGGGCUGGAUCGAUGGGGCCAGCAGCAGCAGAUUCGCAAUAUAUCCAAGGCAGCGAAGGAGGCGGAGCGCAACAUUGUCGUUAAGUUGCUGCAGGACAUCCCGCGAUUCGGGCGCGCAGGCUCGUAUGUUCCCAUCAACCCAGCCCUCAUGCGAAAUAAAUGGUUUCCCGCGCGCGUCGCCAACUACGUACCCAUCCUGCAACUGAAGCAAUUGAAGGCUCAAGAUGUGGAUAUGACCCGCGACGCUACAUUCGGAGUCAAGGUAGCAUUGGAGGAAAUUGAAGAUGAUGUAGAAAUUGCGCAAAAGCCGAAACAGCACUAUGUGCGGCCAAUUGAGCUUGAACUGCUCAGUGCCGAGCGAUCCAUGGAGCUCAUCGAUACCUUCGUACCGCCCACGAUCGACUUCGCACGGCAGCUCAUCGAGCAGGAGAAGACAGACGCGAAACGAUAUGGUGCUUCCGCUGCGGCAGACAUCUUGAACGCGGCUAUGUCGGCGAGCAAACCUAAGCCUUUGGAAAAUGCAAUUUACGGAUCGGUGUCCACGGCAGAUAUUGUCGCGACGAUCAAGUCUGCACUUGCCCACAACGACGAGGCGGCCCGCGUUCUCCUCUCGGAAAGCGACGUCGACUUUGUGAGUGGUCACGAAGAAGGCGAUACCUCCAAAGUGAAGCAGUUGGGCACGUUCAAGGUAGAGAUCAGAGUUCAAGGAGCCGCGCAGCCUUUGACCAGACAAGUUCGGGUUCGGGCGAAGGAAUAG